AUGCCGGAGGAAGAAUGGCUUGGGGGCGAAGGUGGAGGGAGAGGAAGGAGGAGAGAGGAAGAGAGGAAGAAGAGACGAGUAGGUGCUGAACGUCCGGCCGAAGAUGCUGACAUGCUCAGCCUGGAUGAUCUAGAAAGCGAGCCCAGGUCGUGGACGAGAGGGAGAGAGAACGACAGCGGGGAGGAAGAGGAGCGGGCGAUCAGGCUCAGUUCUACCGACCAUAAGGACGAACAGGCGAGUAACGGUCAGCACCGGCAAGAUCGCGAGAGACCCUUGAGUGCUGGGAUCAUGCUGAAGCCGUUCUCUUCGGAGAUCGCAAGCCUCUCGACGUUCAGCUCAGCUGGUCUCGGUCGUAUUCUGAGCCGAGGAGAUACGAUCCUCGCAGUCGACGGCAUUCACCGCACUUGGAAGGAGACAGCCUCGUUGCUCGAACGAUGCGGCGACCCGAUCGGAGAGACCAUGAGCCUCCUUGUCGCGAGGCAGAACGAGCACAUCCAGGCAAACAUCAUCCUGUCGCCGAAAGAUCGGCAUGAAGCGCUGAUGAAGUUGUUCGACAAGCUUGAGCUGCUGAGGACUUUGCAACUGAUUCAAGUAUCUUCAACAGUCAAGUUCGCCUAUGAUGCCAUCGGAAAGAUUGUGGUUGAGAAGAUCUUGAAGAAUGACAAAGUCGUGUCGAUCAACGAUAUGAGUGUAGAUGGACUGGCGCUUGAGAGAGUGAAACGAAUCUUCCAAGAGAGUAUCGAUGUAGUGUGUCAUCUGGUGUUAGAGAGAGAUGGAAAUAUGAUUGAGGCAAGCAUCAAGCGAUCACCGCAGUACACUCAAAAGACAAUCAACGAGAUAUGCGAUAUGAUUGAGAACAUUGAAAAAGAGAGGUUUUCUGAUCUCUUCCAACAUUUUUCAAGCUCCAGGAAUUAUGCCGAAAAGAAGAAAGGAGGGUCCGAAUUCGCAACGGAAGAGCCAUUCGCUCACUCCCAGCAGAACGGCCAGAAGAUUUCUUCUGCAUUUUCAUUCAAGACUCCCUCGAAAAGUGUUCGAUCUGGCAACCUGAAGGAUUCAAAGCAAGGAUUUAGCCAAUCCAAAGCUUACAAGAUCGUCGACACUCGAUGCAAGAAGUUGUUGAAACAUUCAUUCGAACGAUUCUACUUCACUUCCUCCAAUCAGCGUGUUCAUAAACAUAACUCCAAGAAAGCGUACUCGUACGCGCGACGUCAGGGCAUCAAGCAAGCUUUCGCGCCAUGGAAAGACUUUCACAUUCAGAACCUUCUGCGGUACAAGGAGACGCAAUGGAUAUCCUACACUUCGGUCAAGGUGUCACGGGCCCUGAGCAAGUUCAAGAUCAUCAGAAGCUUCUCGACGUGGGCGGGGCUGGUGCAUCAGCAGAGGAGGGCGAUGAAGAUCUCCUAUCACCUAGCGAACAGACGAGACCGCAUCCUGCUGCUGUCAGUCCUCCGAGAGAUCGCCGACCACAUCUCACGAGUGAAGGCCAAGUAUCAUGCCGCCUACCUGCUGCACGUCCUGUGGACCAAGAGAAAGAUGAGAGCGCUGUUCGAAGCCUUUCGGGUCCCCUGCCCUGAAGUGAAGCAGAGACAUGCAGUGACCAGUGAGGAGGUGAUGAUCUCGAGAGGCUUCGAGGCGCUCAGGGGGAGGAACGAUUUUCUCUUCACCGGGCUCGGCAGGAAAGUUUCUCAACGCAUGUGGGAGGCGAUGGUGAUCAGGCGCAGCCAGCAGCAGCUGAAGGGCUACAUCGCUAAGGUGAACCUGAAGCUGAAUGCUGACCUGAUGCGCCGGAUGAUGCUUCUGUGGUACCAUCACACCUUCGCCGCCGUCCGGCUGAGCUUCAAACUGAACUCCUUCCUGGGGCUGCGAAUGAAGAGGGAGCUGCUCUCGAUCUUGACGAGCUGGAGGGAGAUGUCAACGGCCAAGGAUCGCCUUGUGGGUCGGAUCCGUCAGCUGGACCUCAGGAGGAGGGUGCGAGUCAAGUCGAGGGUGAUGUUUCUCUUCAGAGCAAGACUUGACAUCAAGACGCUUCUCUUCGACCCGCCGCCCGUCACUGCUCCUGGCCAGCACAACCCCGACGAGGGACAGGUCAAGUUGCGAACGUUUGACAGCUGGAAGGACAGAGCUGGCAGGACAAGGAGGUACAUGUUCCUUGACAAGCUGCUGGAGGCGAGCACGAGGACGAGGAUCCUGCUGGUUCUGUUCCGCUGGAAGUUUGCGGUCUUCACCGCCUUCGCCUCGGAGGGGCUGAUCUCUCACCAGCACAAGUCCAGUAGGAUGUCGAAGGCCUUCUUCCGUUGGUUUGCGCACACGAGAAUCACUCUGUCGCAGCUCUACCAGGCCAACAAGGAGGAGGAGGAGGAGGAGGAGGAGCGGGGGCCUGACCUGCCAUGGAGCGCUAUCCUCCGACGGGCGUACGCGGAAGACAGCACGUUAGUGUCGGAGAAUGUGAUACAAAGGCUGCAAGACUUCGAGGAAAGGAAGCUUCAGUUCAGAGCUCAAAUCAUGGAGUACGGGCAGUACUGA